AUGGCAAUGAGUCCACAAUCUCAAGAUGAACGGGAGGUAAGAAUCCCAUUUGUUGGUAUGGAGUUCAAGGAUGAGGAUGAAGCAUUUCAAUAUUACUUGGAUUAUGCAAAGUCCAAAGGUUUUGGGGAAAGAAAAGCUCAUGUGUAUCGUUCAUCAAGUUCUCAAGUGAUUACUUGUCGAUACUUUGUUUGUGAUAAGGAAGGAGCUAAAUCUAUGUCAGACAAAAGACAACUAGGAAAAACUGUACAAAGGCAUAGAGAUACAAGGACAAAUUGCCAAGCUCGAAUGGUAGUGUCAAAAAUGAAGAGUGGACGAUGGACUAGAAAGACAUUUGAUGAUGUGCAUAAUCAUGUUUUACUAACAACUCCAUCUAAGAUAAGGUCUCGCCGCCAUAUUAGUGAGACAUGUAGAAAUUUGAGGGAGACAUUGCAUAAGAGUAGAGUGGGACUGAGCCAAAUGAGUCAAAUAUUAAAUGAAACACUUCCAAAUACAGGAUCUGCACUAAUUACAAGGGUUGAUUGUUCCAAUCAUUUGAGGGGAGUCCGAAGCAACAAUAUUGGGAAAGAAUGCAUGGCUAUUGUUCAAAUUUUCAAGGAAAAAAAACUCAAUGAUGGAUUUUUCUUCUUUGAUGUGGAGCUUGAUGAGUUUGGUCAAACUAGAUGUGUCUUUUGGGUAGAUGGAAGAUCUAGAAUGGCAUAUUCAGAAUUUAGAGAUGUUGAUGUUUUUGGCACUACUUAUAAAACCAAUAGAUUUGGUUUCCCUUUUGCUCCUUUUGUUGGUGCCAACCAUCACAUACAAUCAAUUUUAUUUGGUUGUGCUCUAAUUGCAGAUGAAAAAGAAGAAAGUUUUUUAUGGGUAUUCCAAACAUGGUUGAGAUGUAUGAUAGGGAAACAUCUAAAAACCAUAAUUACAUAUCAAGACUUGGCUAUGGGGAAGGCCAUUGCAAAAGUGUUUCCAAAUUCUGGCCAUCGACUUUGCUCAUGGAACAUAGGAAGAAAUUCAAUGAAGUAUUUAGUAGAUUUGAAGAGUAAAGAGGGCUUCAUGAGGGACUACAAUAAUUGGUUGCAUCGUAGUGAAUCGAUUAAACCAUUUGAAAAUAGAUGGGGUGAACUUCAUGCAACAUAUAACUUUGAUGAUAAACAUUGGUUUUGUAAGAUGUAUAACAUUCGACACAAAUGGGUGUCUUUAUAUUGGUAA